CACUGCCUCGGUCGUGAGUAGACUGGGUACCCAAACUGGGUUCACUAUCACUGAAGCUGGUGGUCUGCUUUUUACAUAACGGUUGACAAACAUGGCUACAAUUGGGAAUGCAGGCCUGCUUAGCCCCCUCCAAUGCCACCUCAACGAGCUUCCGCUUCUGGGUUCGUGCUCGAUCCGCACCAAGCUCGCAGAAUUUCGGUUCUGUCAGCCCAAUGUCGCUCUAAAGCACGCAAGAAAUGCGUCCAUUGUUCCCGUUGUGCGAGCACAGAGUUCUUCUGGUUCGUCUUCCUCCCAUUUUUCUGGAAAAAUAGUUCAUGGGCUAUGUCCCAGACUCCAAAUAUUACAAAGUCGAAGCGAUUCUGAGGCUCUGCUGAAAAUUGGAAUUCGUGGCGUUACUGUAUCUGAUGUUCGAGGCUUUGGUGCUCAAGGUGGUUCAACAGAGAGACAGGGUGGCUCUGAAUUUUCUGAAGACAAUUUUGUCGCUAAGAUUAAAAUGGAGAUUGUAGUGAGCAAAGACCAGGUUGAAGCGGUGGUUGACACAAUAAUUGAGGCAGCCAGGACUGGAGAAAUCGGUGAUGGCAAGAUUUUUGUGGUGCCAGUCUCAGAUGUCAUAAGAGUUCGCACUGGGGAGCGUGGAGAGAAGGCGGAGAAGAUGACAGGAGGGCGGUCUGACGUGUCCUCUUCCUCUGCUUGAGCUGCAUGGCCCAUUUCGGUUCUCAACUAAGUGACAUUUGACAGAACUUCAUGAGUACCACUUUAAUCGACCCCCCAUCCAAUAUUUCCCCCUUGACCAUUAGAUCUUAGAAGAUUAGUGCUUGUUCUUUUAUUUUCGGAGUCUAUGCGGUGAUGGCGAAGUAAAAUAAGGUGUAAUACUAGUCAGGUAGCUUCUAUCUUUUUUUUCAGAAAGGCAUAUCGGAAACUUCUCUUUAUCUUUGGAAGAAGUAUGAUAUACAGUCUAUGUAAGCUUCUUUAACUUGUGAGCCAAUUUAUUAUGCAAAUGCGUUUCUGCAAGGAA